UCACUGAUGGAAGAGAGAUAUCAUUCAUCCCCCUAAAUCCUGCCCAUUUAUGAUCCGAAAUGAAUAAAAACCUCGGCUUUAAGGUCUACAACACAAUUUAUCGUCAUAAUCAAGUAGGUGCAGACUUUACCUGAGCACAACUGGACUAACGUUCACUUGGUUGGUUUUAAUCAUGGUAGAAGUAAAAUGGCUGUGGAGCAGCAGUUUUUAUAUACUGAGCAUUUCAGGUCUUCUGACUGGCCAGUGUCACACCCUACCAGUUCCACACAGCUUAGACCAAGUCAGUGAUACCCAGCAGCAGAGGGCCUACUAUUUGCCAAUGGAGAUCACAAACCAAGUCUUCAGAGCUGCACUACGCGACUCAGCAUCUGAGGAAUAUCAGAGCAUGUAUACUGAAGUCAACCACUUGCUUGGAGGGGUUUACAACUGCUCUGACAACACUGUGUGUCCAACAAAUUCUUUCUAUGGGGGUGUUGCAGAAAUGACAUUCAGGUCUGGAUCAGUAAUCGCAAAUGCAACUGUGGUCUUCAAUACUGUCUCAAUUAACCCUGUCAUUGUGUACUACGUUUUUGUUGACAACGUCAACAAAGUUCAGCCUCAAACCCUGCAGCUCAAUCUGGCUUACACAAGCAUGGACAAAGUACAACAAACUACAGUGCCUCCUGUUACAGCAGCAACACCUACUACAACCACAACAACUGCUGCUACAACCACAACAACACCUACUACAACUACAACACAUACUAUUACCACAACAACACAUACUAUAACCACAACACCUACUACUACACCUACUACAACCACAACACCUACUACUACACCUAUUACAACCACAACAACACAUACUACAACUACAACACAUACUACUACCACAACAACACAAACUACAACCACAGCACCUACUACUACACCUACUACAACCACAACAACACAUACUACAACCACAGCACCUACUACUACACCUACUACAACCACAACAACACAUACUACAGCUACAACACACACUAAUACCACAACACAUACUACAACCACAACACCUACUACUACACCUACUACAACCACAACAACACAUACUACAACCACAACACCUACUACUACACCUACUACAACCACAACAACACAUACUACAUACAGCCACAACCACAACACCUACUACAACCACAACAACACCUAUUACUACACCUACUACAACCACAACAACAGAUACUACAACCCAUACUAG